UAUUCUACAAGCUAACAUCAUUGCCAAGAUUCCAAAGCACAUUCACCUUAAUAAUGGAGAGGGAAGUAGAAAGCCUAGAGACCCAUUCUACUGCGAAAAGGAAGAAGAAUAACAAGAGCCUGAAUAGUAGGAGGUUUAGUGAUGAGCAGAUCAAGUUGUUGGAGUCGAUAUUCGAAGCAGAUUCGAAGCUUGAGCCAAGGAGGAAAGUGCAGGUGGCAAGAGAGCUGGGGCUGCAGCCGCGCCAGGUUGCUAUAUGGUUUCAGAACAGAAGAGCUAGAUGGAAGUCGAAGCAAAUCGAGCAAGACUUUAGAACACUCAGAAAUGAGUAUGACUUGUUAGCAUCUAAGUUUGAGUCUUUGAAGGAGGAAAAGCAAUCCUUGCUUAUACAGUUGGAGAAGCUAAAUGAUCUCAUGGGAAAAUCAAAAGUUCAUGAAGAGAGCAUGGAUGGUAAAGAUUUGGAAGGCUCAAGUAACAAAGACGGAGAUUGUGAGACUACAGAAGAAAAGCCAAGUCACUUACAGUCCCACAAGAAUUUUGCAAGUGAUGAUGUUGGGAAUGAAGGUCAUGAGCAGCUUAUGAACAUGUGUCAAGUAGGAGCUAUAGUGUCACCUGAAGAUUGGCACAGAUUUGAUUCAGGCGGUCUGUUUGAUCCGCCGCGUAGCAGCAGUGCUACUUCACAAUGGUUAAAUUUCUGGAUUAACUAAAAGGUUGGAGCUCUUGGAUAUGGAUAUUUGGUUUGAAGAUUUUUACUCAUGUGUUGAGUCCUUCAAACCAAGCAUGAGUAUGUUAUAUGUAUAUAUAUGGAUCAUGUAUGGCUUCACUAUUAAGCAUCCUAAUCUAAGGUAGACUUGACAUGCAGUUUCUACUGAUUUCGCCUCAAAGAAGGAAGAACAAUUUGAGACAGACUACUUCGAGUCCAGAUAACGCAGAAGAAUGAUCGUAGCAAGGAUGUGCUUAAUUGCUUGUUUGUCCUUAAAUGAGUGUAUGUAUGCAUGUAAAUGUGUUUGUGAGAUUGUGAUCCAUGACGUCAAGCAUGUAAUUUGUAGAGUGUAUUAAUUGCAAGUUUGCAACCAUUGCAUGAAUAGAAAA